AGCACCCGCCAUUUUGACGUGCAACAGUUGGUGAAAGAAAGUUCACCAAAUUUUGUUUGAAACCCAGAGUUAUGCCUCAACCAGAGGAGCCGAUUUAUUGUUCGCAGCAAAUCAAUAUUCCUCCCGAAUUACCUGACAUUCUUAAACAGUUCACUAAGGCUGCAAUUCGUACACAACCGAAGGAUGUUUUGCAGUGGGCCUACGCGUACUUUGAUGCUCUCUCCAAAGGUGAGACACCCCCAGUUAAAGAUCGCCUUGAGUUUCAGUUAGGGCAGCCCAUGGAAAAACCUCUUACUCAAGGAUUACUAGCAGUGUUGCACAAACAGGUAUCAAUAAUAGGUCCGCAGUGUGUACAUGUGUGCUGGCUUAUCUUACUGUGGUACUUAAUGUAAAAUGUAAUAAUUCACGGUUUCAAUUAUUUUUCUAGGAUGGGAAGUUUUGCUGAAGAGCUCAAGUGGCUUCAUUUUCUUGCUCUUGCUUGCAGUGCAAUCAGUGAGAAUCUUACAUUGGCAAUGAAAACAGUUUGUGAGAUUUUAACGACUGAUCUAGAAGGAGGUCCUGCACGAAUUCCAUUCUCACUGUUUAAGGAGCUGUAUACAUACCUGGCUGAGAUUGAUGGAGAGAUAGCUAAGGAACAUGUUGACACUGUCAUUGAACAUCUCAACUAUGAUGUGGAAAAACAAGAUGGUCAAGUUUCUCCACGGAACUUUAUGAGUGACAGUUGUCCGCCAUUGUCACCAAAUGAAGGCUCAUGAGAAAAAAUGGCAUGAAAAUGUUUUGGUUUGUAUCACACCUGGAAUAUCCCACUGUUCGUCCUAAUCAUGUUCAACAGG